UCAGAAAUAAAAAUCAAAUGUCAAUUUGAAAAGUUAUGAUCUUAAAGAAAAGAAGAUAAAAGAAACGAUGGAUAAUACUCUGUCAGCUAGUUUGGUAGCACCAACAAGUGCAUUUUAUUCAACGCUUAAGGAUAAUAUUCUUCAACAAUUAAACUGUGAAUCGUGUUAUCAUAAUAAUACAUCAAGUAUAUUAAACGAAGAAAGUUUACCGACGAUAAUACGAAGGGAUUCUUUGUAUAUAGUAAUACCCGUAACCAUAAUCUAUGCAUCGAUAUUCAUAAGUGGUACUAUAGGUAACAUAAGCACGUGUAUCGUGAUUGCACGCAACAAGUCGAUGCACACGGCAACGAAUUAUUAUCUUUUUAGUUUAGCAAUAUCGGACUUGUUGCUUUUAAUAUCCGGUUUACCGGCCGAAAUGUAUUUGGUAUGGUGCAAAUAUUCGUAUAUUUUUGGGGAAGGUUUUUGUGUUAUUCGUGGAUUGGCUGCUGAAACUUCAACCAACGCAUCGGUUUUAACGAUCACGGCAUUUACCGUUGAAAGAUACGUUGCCAUUUGUCAUCCAUUUUUGUCACAGACCAUGUCGAAAUUAUCACGUGCCGUUAAAUUAAUCUUAGUUAUCUGGUUAGUUGGAUUGUCAUUCGCGUUACCUCAGGCAUUACAAUUUGGUGUUGUUAAUCCUAAUCAAGAUAUCGUUAUGUGUACGGUGAAACGAGUUAUAAUAAAACAUUCCUUCGAGAUGUCAACUUUCUUAUUCUUCAUCGUACCUAUGAGUUUAAUAACCGUUCUAUACAUUCUUAUUGGUCUUAAAUUAAGAAAAUCUAAUAUGAUGAAGAGAAAACCUGGAAACGGUGGAGAAUCUCAGAGAAGUUGUAAACAUCAUCCUGGCAGAAAUUCGAAGAAAGUUCUUAAAAUGCUCGUCGCGGUCGUCGUCGCAUUCUUCAUCUGCUGGGCGCCAUUUCACGUUCAACGAUUGAUCGCCAUUUAUGGUACCAAUAGCGAAGAUCACUUCACGUCCUACAGUAAAUGGGUAGAAUCCCUUAAUCUAUUGAUGACCUAUGUGUCUGGAGUCCUCUAUUAUGUCUCCACUACCAUCAAUCCGAUUCUUUACAACAUCAUGUCGAAUAAAUUUCGAGUGGCUUUUAUGGAAACUUUAUCGAGAAGCUGCAGGAUGUCAGGUCUUAGACAGAAUCAACGUUUUUAUUCGAGUCUAUCCCGUUCCCAACAAAGGACAGUUGGUUCGAGAACAGCAGCAACAGCAGGAACGGGUAUGGUACAGGAUAGUACCGAAUGUUCUGGAAAUUCGGCAAGAGAUGACAGUCCACGUCGUUCUUUUAAAUCGUCUGUUACUACCACAUUGGAAAGACCCUCGAAACAAACGACGGGGUUGAACUUAGACGAAAAAACAAAACGCGAUACGAGAGAUACGAAAAUGACAAGGAUCGAAGAAAGAUGUUCUUCUGAAAAUAAAUCGACUGACGAACGAUCAAACAACGAACUUAGGUGGCCUGAAUCAACGAGAUAUACAACUCUCAAGGUCACCGAUAUUGAUGCUCAAGAUAAAAGAUGGCGACGUUUUUUUAAAUGGCUACCUGGCUUAAAACAUCUCAAAUUUCCACGAAGAACAAAUUAUUCUUUGUCGUCCAACGACGAAAAUAUAUCGAACGUCAUCAAUACAAAUCGACAAUGCGAAUUUUCAAUGACUUUGUGGAACAUACACGAAGGCAACGAGCAUGAUCGUGUUAGAACGUAAAUAAUAAUUAAAUAUGUGCUCGACAAAAAGUGCUCAUUCAUUUAAUCCGAGGGAUCUGUUUUAUCGAUAGUACAUCUAAUUUUCAAUACGCAUCAUUAAUAAUAAAUCCCAGCAAUUAAAUAUCUCGAUAAUAUUCUUUUUUUUUUUUAAAGGAAGAGACUUGAAAAAAAGAUAAUGAACUUUAAUGAACUUUAAUCAGUGCGAAUGUCAAUUUCGAGUCUAAUAAUAUGUACAAUGUGAUUCAAAUAAAGUAUUACAAGCUGUCUUUUUUAUAAACUAAUUAAAAUAACGAUUUCAUUUUUAGGAUAAUUAAAUAGUAUAAGGUGAAUAAUGAUAGUAUGCAAUAUAUUUUAUGAGGUAACUUUUAAAGAGAAAAAGGUAAGGGAAUGCACAAUAUAUAAUAACAGCUAAUUCGAUUCGAACAAAAAAUUAAUACUAUGUUUCAUGAAAAUAAAAUCUAGGGAAUCACCGUAUCAUUUAAUUACUGGAAAAUUGAACUAGAUAUCUUCAUAAGUUUCUAAGAAAAUAGUACGUAAUACUUUAUUUGAGCCACACAUAAGUAUACUAAUAAUUAUAUAUAUAUGUAAUAUAUAUGAAUGAUUAAUUAAUAUCACUGAUAAUGAAUUUAUUGUACGAAUGUUUAUAACAAAAAUACUGUAAAAGAAAAAUUAUUAAAAUGACAAUUACUCACUGUGAUAGUUAGAAAAUAUGUGAGAAAGAUUUAUCGUUAGGAUUAGGAAUAUAAUGUAAAGAUAAAAAUGAAAUCACAAAUAUUAUUGAGAAAAUUGUUAAUUAAUAACACUCGAAAUCAUUUUUAAUGAACUUUAGUUUUAUGAGCUUUUUAUAAUAAAUUUUUCGAGUUUAAAUAUUCAAUAGCCGCAUCAUCGUCCCGAAGACUGAGCAUUCUCGAAUUAUAAAAACACAAUAACGUGUAAUAUACGUAAUUUAAGGAUAAGGGAGUGGGAACGCAAUAUGCACAAGAUUAUAGCCUUUUCUUUUCUUUUUUUUUUUUAAAUAGCUAGGGAAAGAAAAUCGAUCGGCUUAAAGCCCACCCUUCGUAUUUUUUCUCUCGAGUUAGUUUUCAUUUUUACUUUAACAUUUAACGCUCAGUGUUAUGUGUAUAUGUUAUUAUUUAUAUAAAUAAAAAAGUUAGUUGUAAUAAGCAUUAUACUACGUAUAAUAAGUAUAAUAAUUUUCUCUUCUUUCCUUGCCAAUAAGAGUGUUAUCUCUCUUUUUUACUAUAUUCGUUUGUAUAUUGUAAAUAAUCAAUUAAAAUAAAAGAAUUUUUAUAUAUAAAGUCACACAUUGUUAAGUAAGGAUUUGAAAUAAUCGCAUGCUUAGAAAAAUAUUGUUACAAUUGAAAAACUUUCAUUAAACUGUCAUAAGAGAAAUUAAAUUCUAAAAUAUUGAAUUAUAAAAUAAUUAUUUGCAAUUAAAAUUGUGCGAACAUUUAGAUAUAAUGAAAUUUAUGGAAUGUUCUCUAUCAAAACUCGUCACGUUUAACUUGUGACAGUAUUCUUCUAUACUGUAUAAAAUGUAUAAAAAUGAAUAUUUUUAAUGUAAAUAUAUAUUAUUGUAUGUUAA